GCUGGCAACCUGCUGGGGCAAUCGGAAAUACAACCCUUGGCCAGAAACAUAUGUACACAACACCUAUCUGAAAAGUAUUAAAUAUUUUUGGAAAGUUGUUUUGGUUGGCGUUGAAUUAACCGACAUUGCACCAGCAGCCGAGGAUAUAGCAGAGCAGCCAGAUCGGUCGAGAUGGGGAGCAUCGAAAAGGCGUGUAUAUCCGGAUUUCUGUGCCGACUCUGUUCCGAGAUGCACCGAACAGUAAUACAUAUUUAUAGUGAUCAUGGCCAGCGUUUGUGUCUUGUUGAGAAAAUCAACGGCUAUUUGCCAAUAACAAUUUCUCCGACUGAUCCCUUGCCAAAGACCAUUUGCAAAACGUGUCUGCAUCGCGUGGAACAGCACUACUCGCUGCUAAUGCGACUCACACAGAUGCGGGAGAAGCGCAAGAUUAAUGUAAUCGAGUUCAAAUCUCGCAUAGAAAGAAAUCCAUCGAUAUCCAGUGUGAGUGAGUCGGAUGAGGAAGUGAUAAAUCGAUCCACCUCGAUUCACGAAUUCUCGGAUGAAGAGGAUCAGGCGCCGCGCCGCAACGAGACCGAAUCCUCAACUGGCCCACGGACCCAGGAAUCCCAAUCCCAAUCCCAAUCCCCCAAGUCAACAGAGACUGUAGUGCCCACACCAAACAGCAGCGAAAGCCACAAUGAUAGUGGCGCUGGCCCCAGCAAUAGAGACCCCAUAGAGACUGUCAGAGGCACUGGAACAGGCACAGGCAGCACCAGCCAGCAAGGAACCCACGUAGAUUAAUGACUGCCAGCCUCGUCUCUGGUCGGUGGAACUAUAUACACGAGUACUUUACCAUGUAUAUAUAGACACAAUUGUGUGUGCGUACGUUUAGAUUGGAAUAAAAUAAGCAUUUUAUUUAAUGAACUAGGUAAUUUCGAAUACAGAUGAUAAGUGAACCAACCAA